CCCUCAUUCCGCUACCCCAAUAAAAAAAGGCUUGGGUAGCAGCUAUAGGGUUAAGGUUAGCGCAAGUUAGGGUUAGAGUUCUCGUCACUGAAAGACCGGAGGGAAAUAAUUCCCUCGCGCAUCGACUAUUCCCAUGGGAUAGGUGAGGACAGGAGCAUAUAUGGUGAUGGGAAAUCCGACAUAAGCGACAUUGCAGGCGUUACUGAAAAAAAAAAGGGUUGGUGCCUAGGGUUAGGAGUGGUGUGUCAUUUAGUUUUCUGUACUUUCGACGUAAGUGGUCCAUACCACCGGAGCUUAUUCAGGUUAAAGCGACCAGGAGUAUUUGUUAACUCCUCCUUGGAAUGGAUGCUACCCAUUUUUACAGGGCUGGGUUGCUCAAAGCCCUAGAUUAGCGAGAGUUUUGAUUCCAUUUUUGUAACUUUUUGAGUGAGGUCUUCGGUUUACAUUGUUUGUCCUUCAGUUUUGCGUUUGAAUAAUCAAUAUGCAGUAAAAAAAAAUAAUACUUCGGUUAACUUUUAAUCCUGAGUUUUGUUUCCGUUUUCAUUCCUCCGUCAAUUUUGCUCUCUUUGUGCAAGUGGACUCCUGGCUCCUCGCCUGCAAAUGUUAAAGCUUCCUCUCUGUAAUCGCUGUAGCUCGCUGUCGCUUCCAUCGCUAGAAGUGAAAAUUAAAGAAUCGCUGUGUAAUUCAAAUUCUUCCUCAUAGUCUUAUUCUUCUUGGACGUCUUAUUCUUCGUUCAAGAAGAAUAAGACUCGAAGAAUAAGACUCUGAUGAGGAAGAAUUUUUAAAUAAUUCCCAAGAAAUCGUAGAAUCUAACUUUUACUCUGGAUUUUCGGACAUCAGUUUGAUUUUCCUCUGAUCAAGCGCGCCUACUGCAUUUGCGGACGUCUCGGAAAACAGAUUUCCGUUUCUGACAUCUAAAAUGGCUGGGCGUCGCCCACUCUGCUGGUCCAUUUUAAAAUUUCUAACUGGAUCGGGCAAAAGUUUCAUGGGAACCGGGUUAAUGUUAUUAUUUUCUUUUUAAAUUUUGUAGUCGUAUAACAAAUUUCUUAUUAACCAAUUUCUCUCCAGAAUGUACUGGGAAAUUAUGGGCCCACUGACAUUGCGUGACGUAACGUGACGUAGCGUGACAAAUCAAAGGAUGCUUGAGGUGACUCUCUUCUCAUUGGCCACCGGUCAAGCGUCGCGUCGUUGAAGACUGAUAAACGUAAACUGAAUCAUUAUUCAAUACGAUAAUGGAUGUUUUCCCUAACUGCUUUUACUGAUCUUUACUUAUAAUUCGUAGUGGUAUGGAUUGGUUUGAAUCAAUCUUAAUCUGGUUUUUGACGACAGCGAGUCUCGGUUUUGGAGAAGGUUGGGCUAGAGACUAUUGCGGAAAGCUUCAUGGGAAGGAAUACUUCUGUAAUGAAGGUCAUUGCUGUGGAGAUUUUGACUGCUGCACCUACUUCAAGUACUACGAGGCAUGGUGGUUUUGGUUGGUAUGGGGACUGAUCACUGUCCUUGCUUGUUGCUGUGCAUACCACCGCAGAAAAUAUUAUUCACAUCAUGGACAAAUCAGAAACUUUAUCUACCCAACAACACUGGCCAGAUCACCUGAAUGCUCAAAUGCCCAUGCAGAGGCCAUGGUUGAUCCUAAGUAUUACAAACUACCAUCUUAUGCUGAGGUGGAAGCAAUGGGUAGCCUAGGUCCCCCAGUGGAUGGUGAAGGUGCUCCGCCACCUUAUGUAGAUCCACUGGCAAAUGAGGAAUUAGAAAAUGGUGCCACAAAUUCACAAAACAAUGAAGUUUUCUCAGACAGCACUGAGGAUCUCAGGAGUUCCCCUGUAAUUACAUGUAAUCCUGUGGUUCACUCUUCAGAGAAUCCAUAGUUUGUUGUAAAAUUAUCAUGAUUUAACAAAGUUGAGUACUGGUGGAUUUAAUAUGUACAUUAAGAAAAAGGUGCUGGUACCUUGUCAAGAACGAAUUUUCGAUGUGAAUUUUAUAAGGUAAAAUAUUUUUCAAAUCAUAAUUAUAAUUAGUUAGGGGCUGGAGCUGCCAAUUAAUGUUUAAAGUAAUUAUCAAUUGAUUACUGAACCGCUAGCUAGUUCCAAAACAAGUUACUGAAAAAAAGUGUUGUACAUACUGUAAUAUACAUGUAGAAAUAAAUUAUCCAAGGAAAGAAGCAAAAAAAAAAAAAGGUACAUGUUGGUUCAAAAUUUUGUUGAUAUACAUAUUGCACAUGUGACUUUGUUUCAAGUAAGUUAACCUCAUUAUUACUCUCACCCCUAUUCUGAAGUUCCUUUGUGUUUCUUCCUUUGCAAAAUAUUUUGACUACUAUGAUUUACAGACAGCCAUGCUAAUAUUGCUACAGAAGAUCAGACCAAUACUUUACAUAUAUUAAUUAAUUGUAAUGUUGGGCCACAUAUAUUUGUACAUGGCUACCUAGCAAGGGCUUAUCAUAUACACAUCAUGAGUCAUGGGUGUUGUUAAGAUAAAAUUAUCUUUUUAAUAAUUUAUGAACAACUUCAAAUAUUGCCACUUGAUCUGGUUGGGAUGUUAGUUUAUCAGGUUGCCCUAAAGUGCCAUUGCCAAGGUGAGGUUUAUGCUUGCUGUCAGUUACUGUCAUCCAUUAUGUUAGAUAUCAUGUUGAGUGAGGUGCAGUGAGUCACCAAGGGAUUUAAGAGCUUUGCCUUAUUCUAAGUAACAGAAAAAACUGGACCCAAACUCAAGUGCAUCUUUUGGGCUGCUUUAGAUGUGUUGUAUAACAUUAAGGUUUUGAAAAAUUGCUACGUUUUUUAAUCGCGUGUAACUUUCAUUUAGCUGAACAUCAUGAAUAAAGAAAACAUUAGGAAGUAAA